AGAGAGGUACUUCCGGUGUUGAUGACGAAGGGGGCGAUGUUAAUUACAUAAGCAAAACGUAAACGAUUCGCGGGAAAAGGUGAAAAAAUGGCGACUCGCACAGAGUCUGUUUGCGCGUCCAGCUGAAGCUGGAGAAACUUUUAUGUCAGUGAAUAUGGAAAUAUCGCACUGAGAUUGGAGCACCGACAUUUUUCGCCAGAGAUUAUUUUAUCCCCCUCUGGGAAAGGAGAGGAAACAAAACGAUGUUAAUAAAGUAACCUACACUCAGAGAGGAGCUGUCAGUGCAGAAAUCUAGACUUGUUAAGGAUGUUGGAGGAAGCGUGCCGGGAUGAAUACCUGGCUGUAGGUGAGGAGGACCUGGAGGCAAAGCGGCUGCUGCCCAAGCACGACAAAAUCUGCGUUGACCUGGAUCGCGAGCUGAUUGUGGGCCAGUAUGUGCUCUGCCGCUGGUCUGAUGGCCUGUAUUACUUGGGCAGGAUCCAAAGGAUUAGCUCCUCAAAGCAUAGCUGCUUCGUCACGUUUGAAGACAACUCCAAGUUCUGGGUGCUUUGGAAAGACAUACAACACGCUGGCAUUCCGGGAGAAGAGCCCAAAUGCUAUGUGUGCUCCGAGAUGACUAUGGUGUCUGAGAAUAAAAUUCUUAUCUGCGGAAAAUGUGGAAUCGGCUACCACCAGCUGUGCCACAUGCCGCAAGUGGAGAGCUCAGCUUACAUCGCGAUUUGGUUCUGCAGAAAGUGCAUUUUUGCCUUAGCAGUCAGAAAAGGGGGCGCACUUAAGAAGGGCCCGUUAGCCAAAUCACUGCAGGCCAUGAAGCAAGUGCUCACUUACAAUGCUGAGGAACUAGAGUGGGACUCUCUGCACCGCACCAACCAUCAGCAGUGCUACUGCUACUGUGGGGGCCCUGGAGAAUGGUACCUGAAAAUGUUGCAGUGUUUCCGCUGUGAGCAGUGGUUUCAUGAAGCAUGCACACAAUGCCUGCAAGAGUCCAUGAUGUUUGGAGAUAGGUUUUACUUGUUCAUUUGUGCCAUGUGCAAUAAGGGAGUGGAGUACAUCAAACGCCUGGCGCUGCGCUGGGUGGAUGUGGUCCAUCUGGCCCUGUACAACCUGGGAGUACAGAGUAAGAAAAAGUACUUUGAACUGGAGGAGAUCCUCAGCUUCAUCAGCAACAACUGGGAUCAUUUCCAGCUGGGCAAGCUUGCCAACACGCCUCCCUCAGAGAGAGGCCAGCUCAUCCUCGAUGCUCUUAACAACUACAAAAGCAAGUUUCUCUGCGGAAAAGAGAUCAAGAAGAGGAAAUGUAUCUUUCGGUUAAGGACAAGAGUCCCCCCGAACCCCCCAUCCAAACUCUUUCCUGAAAAGACCCCGAAAAGCGAAGGACACCGAGGCUACAAGAAAGGAGCAAUGCGCAACGGUUGUGCUCCUGCAGAGAAGCAGAGGAAGAAGAGGUCUAAGUGGCUGCUGGAGGAUGCUAUUCCCAACAACGAGAUGACGUCCACCUGGAGCUCCAAUCACCACAUGGCUAACAUCUUCGACUUUACGCUCGACGAACUGCAGAGCUUGAAAAGUACUAGUUCAGGACGGACAUUUAGUCUAGAUCAGGACUCCACAGAUGCAGCGAGCACUUCAGGCUCUGCCACUACCAGCGUGUCCUACGACUUCAGGAAGAAUGUGGGCAGUCGGAAGAGGAAGCUCCCUUCAUCUAACUACAGUGCUCUGGCCAGUAAGCGGGAGGCGAUCGAGAGCGAGCUGAGUCCGGCGGGUACGCCAGUAGCCGAGUCCGGGAACGUAAUCGGCAGUGCCAUCGACAGCCACACCUUUGAAAGCCUGAGCGAAGAUGACACGUCCCUCUCACACCUCAAGUCAUCUAUUACCAGUUACUUCGGCGCAGCGGGGCGGCUCAGAUGCGGUGAAAAGUACCAGGUUCUUGCACGCAGGGUCACGCCAGAGGGCAAGGUGCAGUACCUGGUGGAGUGGGAAGGCACCACGCCUUAUUAAGUGCCACUUACCUGAGGGCAGAAGAAUGGAGAGAAGGUUCACGAUGGGGUUCUUCACUUCCAGGCCUGGGGAGUCACAGUGGUGUCCAGUUCAGGAUUCAGAAAAAUUUAUCAGAUGAAUUGGACACAGAUGUCAAACUGUCUGACAUCAUGUCAUUGAGAUGAUAGUUAAAGUGAUGUCAUGGAAGACUCUUCUGAAAUUCUGUGGACUGUCAGGUUUGGGAUUGAAGAACACUUCAGCAAACGGUCAUAGAAAGUCACAAUACUUAAAGUAAUUAUAUAUAUAUACAGUGAGGAAAAUAAGUAUUUGAACACCCUGCCAUUUUGCAAGUUCUCCCACUUAGAAAUCAUGGAGGGGUCUGAAAUUGUCAUCGUAGGUGCAUGUCCACUGUGAGAGACAUAUUCUAAAAAAAAAAAAAAUAAGUAUUUGAACACCUGAGAAAAUCAAUGUUAAUAUUUGGUACAAUAGCCUUUGUUUGCAAUUACAGAGGUCAAACGUUUCCUGUAGUUUUUCACCAGGUUUGCACACACUGCAGGAGGGAUUUUGUCCCACUCCUCUACACAGAUCUUCUCUAGAUCAGUCAGAUUUCUGGCCUGUCGCUGAGAAACACAGAGUUUGAGCUCCCUCCAAAGAUUCUGUAUUGGGUUUAGGUCUGGAGACUGGCUAGGCCACACCAGAACCUUGAUAUGCUUCUUACAGAGCCACUCCUUGGUUAUCCUGACUGUGUGUCAUGUUGGAAGACCCAGCCUCGACCCAUCUUCAGUGCUCUAACUGAGGGAAGGAGGUUGUUCCCCAAAAUCUCGUAAUACAUGGCCCCGGUCAUCCUCUCCUUAAUACAGUGCAGUCGCCCUGUCCCAUGUGCAGAAAAACACCCCCAAAGCACGAUGCUACCACCCCCAUGCUUCACAGUAGGGAUGGUGUUCUUGGGAUGAUACUCAUCAUUCUUCUUCCUCCAAACAUGUUUAGUGGAAUUAUGACCAAAAAGUUCUAUUUUGGUCUCAUCUGACCACAUGACUUUCUCCCAUGACUCCUCUGGAUCAUCCAAAUGGUCAUUGGCAAACUUAAGACGGGUCUGGACAUGUGCUGGUUUAAGCAGGGGAACCUUCCGUGCCAAGCAUGAUUUCAAACCAUGACGUCUUAGUGUAUUACCAACAGUAACCUUGGAAACGGUGGUCCCAGCUCUUUUCAGGUCAUUGACCAGUUCCUCUCGUGUAGUUCUGGGCUGAUUUCUCACCUUUCUUAGGAUCAUUGAGACCCCACGAGGUGAGAUCUUGCAUAUAGCCGCAGUCCGGGGGAGACUGACUGUCAUGUUUAGCUUCUUUCAUUUUCUAAUGAUUGCUCCAACAGUGGACCUUUUUUCACCAAGUUGCUUGGCAAUUUCCCCGUAGCCCUUUCCAGCCUUGUGGAGGUGUACAAUUUUGUCUCUAGUGUCUUUGGACAGCUCUUUGGUCUUAGCCAUGUUAGUAGUUGGAUUCUUACUGAUUGUAUGGGGUGGACAGGUGUCUUUAUGCAGCUAACGACCUCAAACAGGUGCAUGUAAUUUAGGAUAAUAAAUGGAGUGGAGGUGGACAUUUUAAAGGCAGACUAACAGGUCUUUGAGGGUAAGAAUUCUAACUGAUAGACAGGUGUUCAAAUACUUAUUUGCAGCUAUAUCUAUAUAUGAAAUCAUACAUUGUGAUUUCUGGAUUUUUUUUUUAGAUUAUGUCUCUCACAGUGGACAUGCACCUACAAUGAUGAUUUCAGACCCCUUGCAAAAUAGCAGGGUGUUCAAAUACUUAUUUU